CGGUCUUGCGCCUGCGCACUGUCGCUGUAGGGCGCUGUCUUGAGCUUCCCAGACUCGUUCCCAAACUCAAGGUGUUUAUAGUUCAGGCCUUGCGAAGCUGUGGGCCGACUCUCUCCAUUGUGAGUGACAAGGAUUUUUGUGAGAAUCAAGUAAUACAUGGAGAAAAUGCCUUCUAAAUUCUGACACACUCCACAAAGACAUCUGCGCUUUACCAUCAGUAGCCAGACUGGAAAGAUUUUCAGAAUGGCUGCAGCUCCUCAAGCACCGGGGAGGGGCUCUGUUCGGAAGACAAGACCUUUAAUGGUAAAGACGUCAUUGAACAACCCAUAUGCUAUCUGCUGGAGUGCGCUAGAGAGAGAGGACAUGCACUUCAUAUUACAGACCCUUGAAGACAGAUUUAAAUGUCUUGGGCUUCAGAAGAUUGAGGAUAGGAAGAAAAAGAAAAAGCAGUUUUUAAAAAAACAAAGCCCAGACAAAUGUAGCCCAGAGGUUGAUAUGAGCAAGGAUCUGAAGGAGAAACACCCAGAAGAUAAUGAGCAAGGGUCAGGGUGGACUCCUGUCCAUGUCAGGAAGCAACUGGCCAUUGGCGUUAAUGAAGUUACCAGAGCUCUGGAAAGGAAUGGGCUGCUGCUGGUACUCGUGUGUAAGUCAGCCAAGCCUGCGCUCAUCACCUCACAUCUGAUUCAGUUAAGUUUGAGCAGAUCCGUUCCUGCUUGUCAGGUUCCCCGUCUCAGCGAGACACUCGCACCUGUCAUUGGCUUAAAAUGUGUCCUGGCCUUAGGGUUCAGAAAGGACACCACUGCCUUUGUGGAUGAAGUAAAAGCCAUAAUUCCCCGAGUACCCAGUUUACACGUACCAUGGCUUCAAGGCAGACCAGAAGACUCCAGGGAAAAUUUAGACACAGAAUCUUUGGAAAGCCAAGACAAAGAGAUUUUGGAAACAUCCUUUGAAGACCUCUCUAAACAUAAAAGGAAGCUUGUUGAAGGUCAGCAGGCUGUAGUGUUACAACCCCUUAAAAUAAAGAAAGUGAUUCCAAACCCCAAUAAGAUAAGGAAACCACCCAAAGGGAAAAAAACGACUUCAAAGUAAUCUUGUAUGAACUUGUCAUUUCAUACAGUUGUAAAACGACACUUCGUAAAGAAGCCUUGGAAGUAAUAAAAUGUGUUAUUUUUUACAUA